CGUACCUCUCCCACCGAGCGACGAACGACCAUGAAGUACCUUUCGCUAUUGGCUUUCGCUUCUCUGCUCGGGGUUUCUGCAAAGCCCAUUGAGACGAGGUCUCCGGAUAUCCCCCCUCCAGACGUCACCAUCAUCCCUCUACCAACCCAACCACCGGUCAUUACGAGCCUUCCUACCCUCACGAAGGUGCCGCCUCCCAAGCCCACCACGUCGAUUUGCAGCAUUGCGUGCCCCAUUGCCUGCCCUUCGGGGUGGACUUUCAUCUGUCCGUGCACUUGCCAGCCUCCGAAAAUUACCAUUGACCCGCCGAGGCCGACUUAUACCGCUGUGAACCCUAAUUAAAACGUCCUCAGUUGGAAGAAUAAAUCGCGUUUUGAAGGAUUU